GCACGCACGAUGCAUUACACGCCGCACGCACUUCUGAACUGCGUUGCGUGGUUUUGUCUUCUUCUUUGUUAUGGGAAUGCGGCUCGAUUAGCGCCGGCGGAUGGACUGUCAAACUUGGCCCGGAGCGUCGGGUUGAUCCUUGAGCCAAGCCUCGCCGGGGAUCACCAAAGUUCGCGAUCCAACGAUUCGGUCGGCCACGUCGAGGCCGCCGUACCGAUUUCCCGUCGCCAGAUCGAGGCAAGGCCGAACGAACCCCUCGUCCCCGGAAGCCUAAUCCGCACUAGCCAAGGCUUCCCCUACCCUUACCGAUACCCGCUUUAUAACCACCAGCUCCCCCGGAACUUUUUCUCCGCCGGCGACCUCGGCAACCAGCAGCUGAUCGACAGUCUCACCUACCAGCCGCGCUAUUUCCAGCAGCAACGGCAACAGCAACAACAACAGCAGCUCGACGGCCGACCCUUCGAACCCUUGGAGCUCGAGUUGUCCAGGUUGCGGAGCGUCAACGCCAACGUUAAUGACGACAACGCGAAGGACAAUCGAAACGGCAAUGCCAACUCCAUUCCAAAUCCAGACUCCAACGUCGAUUCGAAAUCUAGCGCUCAAAAUCGUCCCUUCGACAGCUCCGAAUAUCUUAAUCAAGCAGGAGGUGGCGCCCAGGAUCCGAGCAUCGGCAACCUACGCGUCGACAACAAUCGCUUUUCGGCCAUCGACUACGAGCGCAUCCGACAGAACUACUACAGUGAUCCACCGAUUAACCAGCAACGCAAUUACUACUCCAACUACAACGACAUCCCCUUGAACAGUGCCGGUCCAUCGUACAGGUCGCCAAUCGGCAACCGAUAUUUCGGUUUGGAUUAUAAUGGCGGUGGCCCGGGCCGACCGGGAUUAUCAUCCUCGGAGCCGAGAUCGGGCAGUGGUAUCGAGGACAUUGGUAAUCCGUACUUCAAUGGCUUCUUCCAGGGGCCCUACCGAUCCUUCGGCUACAGCUCGCUAGCAGGUGGCGGGGGUUUCGGAGGCAGCGGCGGCGUCGGCGGCGUCGGCGGCGUCAGCGGCGUCGGCGGAGGACUACCCUUCUCCGAGAAUCUCGGCUCGCCAUUCAGUGGGCCCGAGUACUCCGGGUCUUUCGACGGUGGGCCCCUCUACUCGACAGGCACCGGGGCCUCGAGCAGCCUCGGCUUCGUCGACGGCGACUCGUCGCUCAGAGCAUCGGCGGCAAAGGAGAGGCUGGCCGAGCCGGCGCCGACCCUCAAAGCCUCGCUGCGGCCAAAGGAGCUGAAGGCCGAGGGGAGCAGCAAGGCCCCGAUCAGCCGUAGCCGAGGAAAGGAACGCAAGGAUCAGGCCUGAAGAGUGAAACUGCCGUUACUGGCUAAUCCAUCAGCCUCGCCUGAUGCCGCUUACCGAUUAUAAUGCAACUCUAUGUGUCGAUUUAUCGUUGCUGGUUUCAUUGUAAAUGUAAUUUUC